GACAAGUCUGUGUCUAAUAAAAGACAGAUAACAACAGAAGAUGCUUCUCCUGAAUUUGAGGUAAACCAUUUGGAUUUUUCACGUAAGAAUGAGACAGAUAAGUUGGUAAAAAAAUCCCAAAAAAAAAGAAUUAAAGUAAGCGAUUCUACCGAAAGUCUAACGGGAGUCCUUGACUUGUUGGAACCAGCUAGAGACAUGAUUGAAAAUUGUGAUGAAGAUUUUCCCUUGAACUUCGAUAAACUGACCAAUUUUAUGGAAGAGAUUGUAGAUGAGUGGUGAUUUCGGAAGUCUGGACGAAUUAGGCGACGUAGAGGAAAUGCUGGCUGGCCCUUCUAGACGAAAAUCUCGAGACCAGAAAUCUCCCACUAAUCUCAUGAUGGAUUUAGGCGAGAAGAAUUUGGUACCUCCAAGCGUCAGCAUCACUCCCAUCGCCACGAGUUCGCCGGGAUUCACCUCAGGCGGUAACGCCGAGAAGAGAACCGGAAUAGAAAUCAAGGCCUUGGCGACUUCCGCCGCUAACGCACUGCCCAGUUCCAUCACCAUAACGCCGAUAACGUCGUCACAAAGCAAAAGUGGCGAAGAGAAGUACAAAGAAAAGAAGAACAGCAAAAGCAGGUCGGACGAUAAGGGACGCAUCGAAAAGAAGAGAAAACGCAAACGCGACGAGAGCCCUAUGGAUCCGCCCGAGAAAGUCCCCCCAAAGCAGGACCCCUUAACCAAACCGGUAACCGUUAGCAUCAAACCGGCCGAAUCCCCUCCGCUCAACAUGAGCACGCCGACCAGUCCCAGCAUGAUGCGCAAGUUCAACGCCUCGCCCACUCAGAACCGCAGCCUGUCGAUGAGCGGCAAGCUCAGCCCCAACCUGAUGAAGCCCACCCUCAAGACGGGCUCCUCCCACCACAGCCCCAAGCACAGUCCCGCGAACGUGCCUAGCAGCCCCAAGCACAUCAUCCCCGGCAUCUCCAGUCCGAAGAGUCACGGCACCUCCCCAAAGCAUCCCUCGGCCAGCGGCUCGGGCAAACCCAGCAUGUCGACCUUGAAGAGCGCCGCCAACUCCCCCAGUAGUAAAAAUAGCGACUCGAAAACGAAAUCCGCUUCCAAGGACUCUUCCAGGGACAAGGACAAGAAAAUGUCGGGUGUGUUUAACGUGAGUGCGUCAAAAAACAAGUCGUCCGUGAAAGUGAAACCGCUAGAUUUGAACGCGGACACGUUGAACGGAGUCCAAGAUGGGCUGCCUUCCCCUAGCUCGACGGACGUGUCGAAGUCGUCGAAUUCGAACCAGGUUAGGAACAGAAAGGGAUCGCUUUCGGCGAUCGUAGAUAAGUUGAAAUCGUCAGCGCAACACUGUGAUGGUGCCACGGACUUAAGUAGUAAGUCAUCGAGUGGGGGGAGUGGGGGUGGUGGGGGUAACAGGGAGAGAAGCGGGCAGGUGUCGACGAAGCUGAACGAGAGUAAAAGUGGGAAGAUAGGGGAGGCGAAGAACUCAGAGUACAUGGUUAAACCGAGUUCGGACGGGAUGAAGAUCACUAUUAAUAAGACGAGGAGUAAGGACAGUAAGACGAGUGUGAGUAAAUCUGGGACGGGGUCGCCGAAGACGCACACUGGGCUGAAGCCGGGGGUGAAUAGUGGGCCGGCGUCGAAGAAACCGCAACAUUUAUGUCAAAAGCAGAUUUCCGGCUCCAACGUUAGCAACUCAACCAGUGGAAGCACAAACUAUUCCGGCAGCAUGAAAAGCAGUAAAGCUCCAUCAUCCGGCACCAAAGUAUCCAGCGGAGGCACUUCAAAGUCACUCUCCAAACUAACCGGUUCACCGAAAAGCGCAACCGACUAAAGCCUU